CAUACGCUAAACACAACAAGCUAACAGUAAAAAAAUCACAAAUAUCUCCUUAUAACGUCGGAAAAAUAGACGCAUAGUAUAACGUGUCAAAAUAAGAGUAUGUUUUCGUCAAUAUAGGACUCAAAUACUGGACUAGAUAUUUAACUGUGACAAUCUUUUUUUUUUACGCAAUACUAAGAAGAGUACGUAAAACGGUUUGACUAUUUAAUGAUUUUUGAUCUGUAUAACUAUUUUACAUUUGUAAUGUAUUUUGAAAGGUAUACACCCCGGAAGUAGCAACGCCGGAAGUACACUACAAUACGCUAAACACAACAAGCUAACAGUAAAAAAAUCACAAAUAUCUCCUUAUAACGUCAGAAAAAUAGGCAACUCGCCCACGAAAUGUCACGACACGCAUAACACGCGUAGCAUUACGUGUCCAAACGCAAUGUUGGGCGUCAUUAAGAGUGUUUAAUCCCCGAGCGUGGCCGCGAGGACAGUCGUCGUUAAGCUACUAUUUACUUCCGGUAGUCUGAAUAAAAGUGUUUGGCAAAAUGGGUGAAGUUGAGGAAACGCUCCAGAGAAUUGAAGCCCAAGGAAGUGUAAUUGGAACAAUAGUUGCUAAUACAGACGGCAUUCCUAUCCGGUCAUCGUUCGACAACUCCAAAGCGGGGAAGUAUGUGGACUCCCUCCGCCAACUCACCUGGAUGGCCAGGUGCACGGUACGAGACAUUGACCCGGAGAAUGAACUCGUAGUUCUUCGCAUCAGCACCAAGAACCAAGAGAUCAUGGUUGGACCAGAGAAUGGCUAUCUUCUGAUACUCCUCCAGAGGUUUGAGAAAUACUCCCGGACAUGAGAGUAAAAGUAUAUGAAGGCUAAAAUAAAAGAAUGAAUGAAAAG